AUGUCAUUCCGGGGAGCACCACGCGGUCGCGGCACCGGCGCAAAUUUUGGAGGGGGUGGAGGCAGAGGCGGCGGGGGAUUUGGAACUCGUGGAGGACGAGGUGGAUUCCAGCAAAGAGACAACGGACCUCCAGCCGAUGUUCUUGAAAUGGGGACCUUCCUUCACGCAUGCGAAGGAGAAAUCAUCUGCGAGUCGAUCAACACGAAGAUCCCAUACUUCAAUGCUCCCAUCUACCUCCAAAACAAGACUGCCAUUGGCAAGGUCGACGAAAUCCUCGGUCCGAUUAAUCAGGUGUUCUUCUCAGUUAAGCCAUCAGAAGGUAUCCAGGCAACCUCAUUUAAGGCAGGAGACAAGUUCUACAUUGGCGGCGACAAGUUACUUCCUUUAGAAAAGUUCUUACCGAGACCCAAGCCACCUCCAGGAGCACCAAAGCCAAAGCGAGCAGGAGGCGCGAGAGGGGGUAGAGGCGGACCCAUGAGAGGUGGACGAGGAGGCUCACGAGGAGCACCCAGAGGCAGGGGUGGUUUCAGUGCUGGCGGAAGAGGGGGCCGUGGUGGUGGGGGCUUCUCGAGAGGUGGAAGCACUGGCUUCCCACCGCGGGGAAGAGGCGGUGCGAGGGGUGGAUUCACACGGGGACGUGGUUGAUCACCUAUAACUGGAGUGCUGCAUCUUCCUUGUGUAGAUAUCUCGGCGUUUUCGGCUUGCGUAUCAGGUGUUUAAGUUGCCAGGGGUUGGCUGCUGGAAAUCGAAUCAAAAUUUGGGCCAGAUUCGGGGUUUUAUCCUGAUCAGUGCAAAAUCCAUGUCCACCUUCCGUCUAUAAUCGGCGACGGUGAUUCUGCAAUGUCCAGUAGGCUCCUGACGAUUGUUCCGCCAGUGGAUCGACACAAAUUGAGACUUGAAUCAGAAGGCAUGAGAAUUGCAAUUGGUCAAUUUGACAUAUUACUUUGUCC